UGCAUUAUGAAUUCAGAACCUCUGAGCCUUUAUCAAAUCUUAACAAGUCUUUUAAUCAUGUAAAAGAAGAAUAUCCACUGUAAUUCAUCACUUUCUUGUAAUAUAUUGCUACUGUAUCCUGUCUUCUGAUAGGCUAAUAAUUGAAAUUGCUCAAACGCUUCUCACUGGCUCGUCCCUAAAUUAGAGUCUCGCCGAAAAGACAUAAACAGAAAAUCAAUGUCCUGCUAUGGUUAGGCUUUUACAAAAUAAUACAGCUUACAACUAGUUGAUUACAUGGUAGUUGCCAAGUUCAGGUUUGCCUGGUCACCCAGUGAUUAUUGGAUUCUAGUGAAAAAGUCACAAUUUGGUUACCAGUCUAAGUGACAUGAUGUCUAAAAUCAAUUUUUUUAAAAAAAGAAUAUGUUCACUUAAACUGAAAUGUAGCUUGCUAUCUUGCGAUGAGCUCACACAAAUAUGAUAGAUUCUUCCGUAUUAAUGACUUUAAGUAGUGGUUUAUCUAUAUAGAUUUACAUAACGUUUAUAUUCUUGAACUGACUGCAACUGAAAAAUUAUUAAAGAACAUUACAUCACAAAAAUCAUUAAAUCAUAGGAGUGCUGAUGUAUUGCUUAACGCGUUUGUCAUAAAUAGAUUAAUCGGACUACUGUUAUCAGGACCUUCAUAUUUGGGAGUGUAGAACUUUUUCUGAUAAGAUCUAAUUGAUAUUUCUACUAGUCAUUUUAAGGAUAGGUAACAAACUAAACAUGAACCAAUAUGUUUAUGUCUGCCAUAUAAUAGUAAUUGAAGUUGUAUUUGUUUCUUUUAGAUUGUUUUUGUGCUUUGAUUCGAAUCUCAUGAUCGUAUUUGGAAAUUCCAUUCGUGUCAGUCAUCUUACUUUUCUUCCUAAACGUUUUCUGAGUAUAAGUCAAUUAAAAGAAAGAAGUCUUAUAUGCGUUCAUGGCACAUCAGCCGAUGAGUUUCUACAAGGACUUAUAACAAAUGAUAUCAAAUCUAUAAAUCAACCUAAUUCAUUCAUGUAUUCAUUGUUUCUCAAUUCGAAGGUAUAUUUCAUUGAAUUUCCUUCCUGUCAGAUAUAGUUUUUUUUCAUUAUAUAUUUUAGGGUAGAGUUCUAACUGAUGCAUUUAUCUAUCAUACUAAUCGUUUAUCGACUAAUCAGUCUGAUUAUCUUGUUGAAGUUGACGUCAGUUGCGUACCUGAUAUGGUUAAACACUUAAAGCAAUAUAAUUUACGUGGGAAAGUUAAGAUAGACGCCGAUUUAUCAGUGUAUCCUUGGGUCGCUAUGCCGACAUCAAGACACUCGAAUCAACUGAAUAAUUAUAAAGCAUGGUUACCAGUGAAUUCACCUGAUAUUAGUGAUCAACAACAGUUGAUAUUUUUCGCUUCAGAUCCUAGGGGUAUAUCUGGUUGGUCUGGACGCAUACUGUCAACAUCUAGUACAAAUGUCACUAGUAUUUUCCCAUCAUGCAAUACACAACCACUUGAUAUAAACCUGUAUCAUAAUGCACGUUGGGAAUUGGGCUUACCAGAAGGUAUUAAGGAAUUAAUUACAAGUGAUACACUACCGUUCGAAGCGAAUGCUGAUUUAUCCGGUGGAGUUAGCUUUUCCAAAGGAUGUUAUAUUGGUCAGGAGUUGACAGCACGGACACACUUUACUGGAGUUACUCGGCGAAGAUAUGUGCCGAUUAAAAUAGUGUCGAAGGGGAAUAUUGAUGUUUUAAAAACAUCAAAUAGUGUCAAUCAUUUAUACAAUGCACCAAUUUAUCAAAUGGAUAAAAAUGAUAAAACAUAUGAAUUAUCAAAAUUAAAAUUAAUUGGAUGGAUUAGAAAUGUAAAUAUGAAUAAUUUUAUUAUGAUAAAUAAUAAUGAUCAUAAUGAGAAUGAUUUAAAUAUUGAUAAUGAAUUAAUCAGUGGUAUAGCAUUGAUACGUUUAACUGAUAUCAAUGAACAACAAUAUAAACUAGUAGUAAAUAUCCCGAUUCAUACUGAUUGUGAUCAUAAUAAUACUAAUAAUGUAAUACAAUUAGAUAUUAUUCCAUAUAUACCAUCAUGGUGGCCUGAGAAUAUAGCGCCAACAAUUAAACGAAUUACAUGUACAUAAAUCAGUUGUGUUUUCCUAUUCCAUUAGAUGUUAUAUAAUCUUAUUUUUAAAUAUAAAAACAAACUAUA